AGUUGGAGCGAAGUUGCGGAGGAUUUUUAGGCUGGAGCCGGCGAGGCAGGGUGCUCAGUGCGGCGGCGAGCGGGGAACGGAGAGGAGAGGAGGGAAGAGAAGAGGGGAGAGGCGCCGAGCGGGCUGUGGAUCCCGCGGCGCAUCCCGCGGGCUUCCCGGCGUCCCUGGAUGCUCACGGCGGGAGAAGAGCCCGCUGCCGCCCCGACACGUUCCGACCUGGAAGAGGAGCAGGGAGUCAAAUGAGAACGCGUGGAUUGCGUACGGCUUGUACCUGGAUGUCCUGGCACGGUGUGUAUAUAAAAAACGCCCCAAAACUUUUCUAAUCUGGUGAGAUAUUAAUCCUCGGCUGAGCAGAAAAGGCGUUUUCAAGUUUGGAAGGACCAGAUGUGUGCUGGGUUUAAGGUACGGAAGGCAGCCGCGAUAAUUGCUUUUUAACUUGCUUGGAUAAAUGAAUUGCAAAAACUUACAAAUGCACCGAAUCGGCGGUAAAAUGCACUUUAUAUUCAUUUUUGCACUGAUGAUAAUAUCUUUCAAUAAGGCUGUGCUGGGCAAGAAUUUGAAAUACAGGAUUUAUGAGGAGCAGAGAGUCGGAUCGGUAAUUGCAAGACUGUCGGAGGAUGUAGCUGAUGUUUUAUUAAAAAUGCCUAACCCUUCCUCGGUGCGAUUUCGAGCCAUGCAAAGGGGGAAUUCUCCCUUGCUUGUUGUUCGUGAGGAUAACGGAGAGAUCAGCAUAGGAGCUAAAAUUGAUCGGGAACAACUCUGCCAGAAAAACUUAAACUGCUCCAUAGAGUUUGAUGUGAUCACUCUUCCCACUGAACACCUGCAGCUUUUCCAUGUUGAAGUUGAAGUGCUGGAUAUUAAUGACAACUCUCCCCAGUUUUCCAGAGCUCUUAUCCCUAUCGAGAUAUCGGAGAGCGCAGCAGUGGGAACACGGAUCCCUUUGGACAGUGCUUUUGAUCCAGAUGUAGGGGACAACUCCCUGCACACUUACUCCCUUUCUGCAAAUGAUUUUUUUACUAUUGAGGUGAGAACCAGGACUGAUGGUGCCAAGUAUGCGGAGCUGAUCGUGGUUAGAGAGCUGGACCGGGAGUUGAAGUCAAGUUAUGAACUCCAGCUCACUGCCUCAGAUAAAGGGGUGCCUCAGAGGUCUGGCUCAUCCCUCCUGAAAAUAAGCAUUUCUGAUUCCAAUGACAACAGCCCUGUUUUCGAGCAACAGUCAUAUGUAAUCCAACUCCUAGAAAAUUCUCCGGUUGGGACUUUGCUCAUAGACCUCAAUGCCACUGAUCCAGACGAGGGCGCUAACGGUAAGGUCGUCUAUUCCUUUAGUAGUCAUGUGUCUGCCAAAAUUAUAGAGACUUUUAAGAUAGAUCCAGAAAAAGGACACCUCACCCUCUUGAAGCAAGUGGACUAUGAAGUAACCAAAUCCUAUGAAAUUGAUGCUCAGGCUCAAGAUCUGGGGCCGAAUUCCAUUCCAGCUCACUGCAAAAUUAUAAUUAAAAUUGUGGAUGUGAAUGACAACAGACCUGAAAUUAACUUAAACCUGAUGUCCCCAGAGAAAGAGGAGGUAGCUUACAUUUCUGAAGGGUCACCCCUGGACACUUUUGUUGCCCUGGUCAGAGUGCAAGACAAGGACUCUGGUGUGAAUGGAGAGAUCGUUUGCAAGCUCCAUGGACAUGGCCACUUUAAACUCCAAAAGACUUAUGAAAAUAACUACUUAAUCUUGACUAAUGCCACUCUAGAUAGGGAAAAGAGAUCUGAAUACAGCUUGACUGUAAUAGCAGAGGACAAGGGAACUCCCAGUCUCUCCACAGUGAAACACUUUACUGUCCAAAUCAGUGAUGAAAAUGACAACCCACCCCGCUUCCAGACAAACAGAUAUGAAGUUGUUAUCCUGGAAAAUAACUCUCCGGGAGCGUACAUCACAUCAGUCACAGCCACAGAUCCAGAUCUAGGUGACAACGGGCAGGUGACAUACACUAUUUUGGAGAGCUAUAUUUUGGGAAGCUCUAUAACUACCUAUGUGACCAUUGAUCCCUCCAACGGGGCGAUCUAUGCCCUGCGAACCUUUGACCAUGAGGAAGUAAAUCAAAUCACCUUCAUGGUUCAAGCUAGGGAUGGAGGGAGUCAGCAGCUUGUGAGCAAUACCACAGUGGUACUAACCAUCAUUGACGAAAAUGACAACGCUCCUGUCAUCGUGGGGCCAGCGCUACGCAACAGUACAGCAGAAAUAUCAAUCCCUAAGGAUGCUGGAAUCGGCUUUCUUGUCACCAGGAUAAGGGCUACAGAUAGAGACUCUGGUAUGAACUCUGAACUCAGCUGCUCCAUAGUAGCUGACAAGGAAAACAGCAUCUUUGUGAUGGAUCCCAAAACCUGUGACAUCUCUAUCAAUGUGAGUGUUGAAUCAGUUCCAGCGAAACAAUGGGAGUUUUUUGUGAUAGUCCAGGAUAAGGGCAGUCCUCAGCUUAGUACUAAAGCACUUCUCAGAUGUACCAUUUUUGAGUAUGUCUAUUCAUUUUCAAGCACAGAAGCAACUUUGGUAAGCCAACCCUCCCUGGAUGUCUCCAUGAUAACGAUUAUAUCCUUAGGAUCGAUAUGUGCUGUGUUGUUGGUCAUUAUGGUCAUUUUUGCCACAAGAUGUAAUCGAGAGAAAAAGGACACCAGGUCCUACAACUGUCGCGUGGCAGAAUCGACCUACCAGCACCACCCAAAGCGACCCUCAAGACAGAUCCACAAAGGGGACAUUACGCUAGUGCCAACAGUUAAUGGCACUUUACCUAUCAGGUCUCACCACAGAGCUUCUCCAUCAUCAUCUCCAACUCUGGACAGGGGACAAAUGAGCAGCCGGCAGAGCCACCACAGCCACCAAUCACUCAACAGCCUGGUGACAAUCUCCUCUAACCACGUGCCUGAAAAUUUCUCUCUGGAACUCACCCAUGCUACUCCUGCUGUUGAGCAGGUUUCUCAGCUUCUCUCGAUGCUUCACCAGGGCCAGUAUCAACCAAGGCCAAGUUUUCGAGGAAACAAGUACUCCAGAAGCUACAGGUAUGCCCUGCAAGAUAUGGAUAAAUUCAGCUUGAAAGACAGUGGCCGGGGUGACAGUGAAGCUGGAGACAGUGAUUAUGAUUUGGGAAGAGAGUCUCCAAUUGACAGACUUCUUGGGGAAGGAUUCAGUGACCUUUUCCUUACAGAUGGGAGAAUUCCUGCAGCAAUGCGACUGUGCACGGAGGAGUGCCGGGUUCUGGGGCACUCUGACCAGUGCUGGAUGCCCCCACUGCCCUCUCCCUCCGCCGAUUACAGAAGUAACAUGUUCAUCCCUGGUGAGGAGUUCCAGUCACCUCAGCUGCAGCAGCAGCAGCAGCAGCAGCAGCAGCAGGGCCUUGAGGAAGAUCCACAGCCUGCUGACACCAGCGAGAAGAAGAAGAGCUUUUCAACAUUUGGUAAAGACUGCCAGAGCGAGGAGGAGUCGGGGGACAACUGCACCUCCUCUCUCCUCUCUGAAAUGAGCAGCGUCUUCCAGCGCCUGCUGCCUCCCUCGCUAGAUGCCUACACAGAGUGCAAUGAGAUGGAUCGCUCCAACUCGCUGGAGCGCAGGAAGGGACAUUUGCCAGCCAAGACUGUGAAUUAUCCACAGGGGGUGGCAGCCUGGGCAGCCAGCACACACUUCCAGAAUCCUGCCAACAACGGGCCUACUCUGGGGACUCACUCAGGCGCGCAGCCUUCUUCCAAAUGGCUGCCAGCCAUGGAGGAAAUCCCAGAGAAUUACGAAGAAGAUGAUUUCGACAACAUGCUCAACCACCUCAGUGAUGGGAAACACGAACUCAUGGAUGCCAGUGAGCUGGUGGCAGAAAUUAACAAGCUGCUGCAAGAUGUCCGGCAGAACUAAUUGUUUCAAAAGCCUAUUUUUCCAUAUUUGUGGAAAACUGGAGAAAAAAAAAAAAAAGAGCAAAAAAAAAAAAAAACAGACUGAGAAGAACUGGCAUUGCCAAUUAGUUGCAUUUAUCAUAAAUGUGUCUGUGUAUGUUGAAUAUUAAAAUACUGUAUUUUCAUAUGUACACAAUGCAAGUGUGAUUAUCUUUAUCUGUAUUUUAAAAAUACAUUUGUACCUUAUAUUUAUGUGUAAUUUAACAAAGAAAUUUUAUUUUUGUACGCCCACAGCAAGCAUGUUUUCCUAAAUGUAUAUAGAUGGUAUCACCCUUGUCAAACUUCCACCAUUCUUGCUACACAGGCAUGUAAAAACAAAAACCAACAAAACAAAAGGAGGGAUAUUGCUUUCCUUUAUCAUUUCUUUUAGGUCUGAAAUGUUGCAAAUAAAAGUUCAAACCACUGAAAAGUUAUGCAAACAUUAGUUUCGGUAAAUGAUCCAACACCUUGUUGCAAUGUUUCAUUCUUGUAAUAAAGAGUUGUCAACUCCCAUGAAACCUAAAA